AUAACAACACAGUAAGCGACAUGGCUACCAGCGUACAUUUAGUGUUAUUUCAAUAUUUAAUGGUUGUCUGCAUGUUCUACAACCCAACCAAUAGUGGAGCUGUUCAGCUAAACAGCGAAAAUAUCGAUAUGACCCUCGCGUCCAACGAACUGGUUUUGAUAAAUUUCUAUGCCGACUGGUGUAGAUUCAGUAACAUUCUGCAGCCGAUCUUCGACGAGGCGGCGGAAAAGGUACAGGCAGCAUUCCCCGAACCGGGGAAGGUAGUGAUGGGCAAGGUGGACUGCGACCGUGAAUCUGCGGUAGCGUCACGCUUCCACAUCACCAAAUAUCCCACCCUGAAGGUGUUGCGCAAUGGGCAGCCGACCAAGCGCGAAUAUCGCGGAGCGCGCACGGUUGAAGCGUUUACCGAGUUUAUACGAAAGCAGCUGGAAGACCCGAUCCGAGAGUUCCAGAACAUCAAGGAUCUGGAGCAGCUCGACUCGAAGAAGCGCAUCGUGGUGGGCUACUUCGAUCGACGUGACAUGCCUGAGUACAACACAUUCCGGCGGGUCGCAACCAACUUGAAGGAGGACUGUCAAUUCCACGUUGGCUUCGGAGAGGUAGUGCAGGCAUUACAUCCACCAGGCCAUCCUAUCAUCGUGUUUCGGCCGGACGUGGCCAUGUCGAACGAAAACGACGAAACGUACAUGGGCGAUUUGAAGAGCUUUGACGAGCUUAACAUCUGGGUGCAAGAAAAAUGUGUACCGUUGGUGCGUGAAAUAACGUUCGAAAACGCGGAAGAGCUGACCGAAGAAGGUCUACCGUUCCUCAUUCUGUUCUACGCACCGGGCGAUCUGGAAUCGAUCAAGGACUACAAAGCAAUCGUACAGCUGGAUCUCAUAUCCGAAAAACAAAACGUGAACUUCCUUACCGCGGACGGCAAACGGUUCGCGCAUCCACUACAUCAUCUCGGUAAAACCCAGGCGGAUCUACCACUGAUCGCAAUCGACUCCUUCCGUCACAUGUACUUAUUUCCUAACUUUAAGGAUAUUUAUGUACCCGGCAAAUUAAAGCAAUUCCUAAACGAUCUCUACAGUGGUAAACUGCACCGUGAGUUCCAUUACGGUCCCGAGAAGGAUACUGCGGCCGAUACGAACGCAAUUGAUGAUGGCAAGAAGCCAACGACGCCACCGGAAUCUACCUUCAAAAAGCUAGGACCAUCGAAAAAUCGGUACACUUUGUUACGCGAUGAGCUUUAAAGG